AUGGGGGAAAAAGACAAACCUCUAAAUUUUCGCGAGACAUCCGCUCGUAAACGCGUACAUAUUGAAGCAAACGUCUUUUCCCCACGUCGCUUUGACGGGGUCGCCAAAAAUGCAGACGAAGGUGGCAUCGGUGUUGACUGCCCCACCCUUGAUGCUGAUGACUGCUGUGUUACUGUCUGUAUAACGCCUCUUGAUCCCUGUCUUCGAUGCAGUUUGCAUUCUACUUCUGGACUCCGUGUUGGCGGUGGAUGCAACACGAGGGACUCACUAGCCUCUGAAAUGGUUUCAGGAAAGCGGCCCGGAAUGGUAGUGGAUGUGGGAUGGGAUGACGUGACGACGACGUCACCUGUGGCCAAUUCACCCUUGUCAUUAUUUUCAGGAGUAGAGAACUAA